CAUGGCCCUCACCAGCUGAAGAGAUUUCUCAGCGUUGCAUAAAGGGAGGGUGGGUGAGUGAGUGAGUUAAAAAAAAAUAAUCUGGCGCACUUGGCGGAUAUACCCAGUGGAAUACGGAAAAUGACGACAGUGUGUGCCGAACCACUUAUCGGUGCACAACGGGCAUUUACUCCAUUGACCAUUGAAUAGUGGAUAGUCAAUGCGUGCGGUCAUAGGCUCCGGUUAUUCGAGUUCUAGUUGACAGAAAAAAAAUUGGAAUACGUACGGAGGAUAAAGGUAAUUUUCUUGGGCAAGGGCAAGAACCUUUGGUGGUGUGACAGUGCCACUUGGAAACUGGUUUUCCAAGGGUCCUUGGGGUUGGUUGGGGAUUUAAGAGGGAUUCGACGGAAGGAGGUGCAGUGGUGAGAAGGAUUUCAGAGGAACUGUUUCAGGUGCAGUCAAAAAAUUCUGAAAAAUUAAAAGAGCUCAAACUAUCAAUCGAAGUGCAUGUACGAUAAAUUAAUUACUGGGUUCACCUUCAAUCAACGUCAUUAUCCCCCCACGCAUUAUCCUCCCAGGCAUAUUUAUAUUAGACGAAAGAUGAAUUAAGGAUGAAAAAACGAGUCCUUGGAACCCAUCAAUUGAGAGACGUUUACAAAACGACGAAGGACGUCUGAAACGCCAUUCCCUUCCUCAAAGACGAGUCACGGUACAUCAGCCAGGAUGUAUCAGCGAACUGUUCAGGUUAAUCUCCCAAAAGUGCAUACUAUUGACGUAGAGUUCAAGGAUGUCACCUGGGAGGUGCAAAUCGGUUUCCGGAAACCAAAGAAACAAGUGUUGCAAGGUGUCAGCGGUUGCUUCAGAUCUGGAGAACUUACGGCUAUUAUGGGACCAUCGGGAGCUGGAAAGUCUUCCUUGUUGAAUCUUUUGACAGGUUUCCGAAAUACCGGCUCGUCUGGUACAAUCGAGUACGUGACAUCUGCGGGUAAGCAGAAGCACAAAGACUACCGGAAAUCCUGCUGCUACAUCCAGCAGGACGACCAGCUCCACGGUCUCUUCACGACCCUGGAAGCAAUGAAGAUGGCUGCAGACCUGAAGCUCGGCAACAGCUUGAGCCGUGAAGCAAAGGACAUACUGAUAGAUGACAUUCUGGAGACCCUGGACCUCAUAAAAACCAAGGAGACCCGCUGCGAUCGGUUGUCCGGUGGCCAGAGGAAGCGCUUCUCUAUCGCCCUUGAGCUGAUCGACAAUCCACCAGUGAUGUUCCUAGACGAGCCGACAACCGGUCUCGACUCCUCCUCGACCCUCCAGUGCAUUGCAAUGCUGCAGCACCUGGCGCGGGGCAGUCGAACGAUUGUCUGCACGAUCCACCAGCCGUCGGCUGCCAUCUACGAGAUGUUCGAUCACGUGUACCUCGUGGCGGACGGCCAGUGCAUGUACCAAGGAUCUCCCGGAAACACAGUCCCCUACCUGGCCAGCGUCGGCCUCCAGUGUCCCAAGUACCACAAUCCCGCGGACUACAUCAUUGAAGUCGUCAGCAAGGAAUAUGGAAACUUCAGUGAACAACUGACAACCGCAGCAUCGGGUGCCAAAUCCUGGAGGGCUGGAUGCGUGAAGAAGGCCCUGCUCGUCACCAGCUUCUCCCGGAGAAACAUCGAGCAGAAAGCGGUGGUGAUUGUCACUCCGCCCUCCGAAUACCUCAGAUUCACUGUCCUCCUGAGGAGGUGUGUGAUACAGCUCUAUCGAGACUGGACAGUCACUCAUCUGAAGAUUAUCCUUCACUUCCUCGUGGGUAUUCUCCUCGGAUUGUUCUACGCAGACGCCGGCAACAAUGGCUCAAAGACAAUCAACAACUUUGGCUUUCUCAUGGUGACAGUUGUCUACCUCAAUUACACCAGCAUGAUGCCAGCUGUACUCAAAUUUCCGUCUGAACUGCCCGUUGUCAAGAAGGAGAAGUUCAAUAACUGGUACCAGUUGAGGACAUACUACGUGGCGCAUCUGGUCGCCAAUGUUCCUGUUCAGAUGAUCUUCGCUCUCGUGUACUCGUCGGUCUCGUACUUCAUGAGUGCCCAGCUCCAGGACUGGGCGAGGUUCUUUAUUUUCUUGAUGGGCGCCGUGUUCACGACAAUACUUGCUGACAGCUUUGGUCUUCUCCUCGGGACCACUCUCAAUCCCGUUGAUGGUACUUUCCUGGGGGCCAUCACCUCGUGCAUGCUCAUGCUCUUCGCCGGCUUCUUCGUUUUCUUCAAACACAUGCCGGUCUUCAUGUAUUAUGUCAGCUACCUCAGCUACAUGAGGUAUUCCUUGGAGACGCUGGUACAAGCAGUUUAUGGGUAUAAUCGGGAGAAAUUGCCGUGCCCUGAGGACAAGCUGUACUGUCACUACCGGACGCCCAAGACCAUUCUCGACGAGGUCGGAAUGAUCGACAUCAACUUGUGGAUGAAUGUUGGAAUCCUUGCGGCCAACUGUGUGGUGCUCAGGAUUGUCGGGUACUGCACACUCAGAAGGAAGAUUUCUGCUUCGUGAGAGAAAAGUUGGGCCUCUUCUGCGGGGCGAAGAUUAUUGAAAUUACAAUAAAUGGAGCUUUGGACUAGCUUCCCAGGGCACUGAUGAAAUAUUCCAUGCAGGAAGUCUCAUUGGCGGGAUAAACCCACGCAGAUAAUGAGAGAAGGAAUACUUCUGGUGUUGGUUUCAUUCGGUUUAUUGUUCUAAUUGUGGUGGAGGAAUUCCGAACGGUUUUAGCAAGUUUUUGUGCGGAUGUUGGGGGCCUGGAGACCUCGGGGUCCAAAGGAACUGAUUGACUAGUUGUUUUUCUCAUUGAGUAUUUUAUGUUGUUGAACGCUUAUCCAGAUUCUAGUGAUUUUUCAGGGAGUUAUUAUUUCAUGAGAAUUUAGAGAUAAUUUAGAACGUAGUCGAAUUAUUGUACAUAGUUUUGUGUUUAAUAAAUUAAAUUUGAGGAUUUUCGAGGAGAGUA